UUUAACGGUUCUGUGCACUGUGGGAAGGCGGGGAAGAGUUGGCUUUCUUAGGCUGAUUAGCAACAAACAGAGGGUUGCUAGUUUAAAAUUUGGAUUAUUUGAUCACCGGAGUGGAUUUAACCGCCAGGGUAGCGUUAUGAACUCGCGCCCGUGUUAAACCGGAGUUUGUCGACACGCUUUUCGGCGAGGCCGAGUGGCUAUUUGCAACAAUUUUUGGGCUAAUAACAGAGGGCAAGCUCGCGUUUUUUUUAGGUCGUUGGAGGUGGCGAUGGUGAGCUGAUAGCUGCGUCAUCAUCAUGUUGCUUCCGACUCGAGUUGGUCGAAAGAAAUCUCAAGUUAACGCCGCCCGCCUUGCUCCAUCUCCGAGAGCCACUCCCGACCACCUGAGGUAGAUGCAACGUGAACCGCUGCCCGGGGGCGAAGCUUGCUAACCGGGGACGGAGCGAGGCUGCAUUUGUUUAUCUCCACACGAACCAAGAUUCCAUCGAAACAAGUGCGUCGCCGUAUGAAUGCCACAACAACAACAAUGUGACCAAACGUUUGUUAAACAUGAACUAUAGCCAUAUAUUUAAUGUUUAGACCAGGAGGAGUGAUGCCUUCACUUACAAUACAAAUCAGGAGCAUCCACUGAAUGGCGCUUGGCAUUUUCGCCACCAACCUUUUAUAAGCCUUAAGAGAUUUUUUGUUUAAAAAUUUUUAUUUCCAGCGAAUUACACAGAUAAAGUGUGUUAAGUUGGACUCGAGGGAGUUUUUACAGGAUCCUUCUCAAAACAGGGGCAAAGUUCCGUCCUAUCGAUCAGUUUAUGGUACAAGACACGAUGGCCAUGAAAGGGACUGGUUGCUGGUCAUCUAACUUUGAGUGGAUCGACGGGCUGCUGUACCGAAAGAAACUGGAGAGGGGCUUUCUAAACUUUAGAGAAGUAUUGGAUGAAGAUCGAAGAUUGGAGGCGAUCGCCACCUUUCACCGGCGAUCACAUGGCAAGCGGCAUCUCUCCCUUGAGGAGACUUACAAAUAUGUGGCUGAUAACUACUGGUGGGAGGGGAUGUACUUCCAGAUCCGAGACUUUGUGCUGGACUGUCCUGAGUGUCGCAGCCAGCAAAUCAAGACAGAGAAACCGGGCGGCCAAGGAUGCGUCACAAAGACGAUGGCGUCACACAGUUCUGACAUGCUCAGCAAGCUGAAGAGUCAGCGGGAGGCGGGGAUGUUCUGUGACAUCACCUUGCGCACAAACGGCCGUUCAUAUGCCGCACACAGAGCGGUGCUGGCGGCCGUCAGCGACCACUUCCAAGAGAUCUUUACAGAAAUGGACUCCAGUAUUAAGGCGGACAUAGAUCUCACUGGCUUCAGCGAGGACAGCCUUUUGUCUUUGUUGGACUUCUCCUACUCCUCAACCCUGUGCGUGCGCCAGGAAGAUCUUCCUGAAGUCAUUACCAUGGCCCGUCAUCUGGGCAUGUGGCCCGCCGUAGAGGCCUGCUCCGCUCUCAUGAAAGAACACCACCAGGUUGUUCACCCUAGCCGGGACUUCAAAUUGGGCUACGGCGUCGUUUGCGGUCAGCAAAUAGAAACCAAAAGGGAACCGGAAGAUAAUGCUGGCGGCUUCGGCCGAACGCAGAACACGUCUGACGAAUCUUUGGACGGGAGUCCAAGUUGCAAUUCACACAGGACGCCAGAUGGUAGAGUUAAAAACGGACUCCCUAUGAGUCCUUCGCAAAGGAUGAAGCUAAUGGACUUUAAAUCUCCUUCCUCCAAAAAGCGGGCUGCAUCCAGGAAUCUUCUGGGCACGCCACAGUCCAAAAAUUACUACCCCUUAUCUCCAUCCAACACCCGUCUUUUGCGCUCGAGUCCCGGCGCCGCGCAGAAGGUUCAGCGAUUGCUGCCCGCUCCGGAAAGCCCGCAAAGAAACCGGAAGUCGCGGACCACCAGAUCCAGUCCUGUUUGCAGUCCUGUAAGGGUGAAGCAGGAAGUGCAAGAAGUGGAAGUGGAUGAGGAGGACUAUGCAAGAGCUCAGGAGAAAUACAAACUGAUGUUGGUUCUCGGACUGCAGAGGACCGCGCUUCUCCCCCGACCCGAAGAUUUGAUCGGUUGGAGGCAGAAAAAACGACUCAGGAAGCUAAAAGCCAACAACUACUCUCUAACCAAGAGACGAAAACCACGUUCUGCGCCCCCAGUGCUGCCUUACAGGCCCGUGACCUUGUCGCUUCCCCUAUGUGACCCUGUUAACAAUCUCCUCCUCAAAAAAACUAUGAAAACAAAGCUUGAUUGUCCCCCGGUCAUGGAAGGAAUUAGAAAGAGACAUAAUCCUAAUAAACAAGUCCCGCCUAGUGACAGGAGCAUGCGCAGUCAAGGUAUCUUACCUGAUAUCUUCCAAGCAGCGUCCCGGUCCGGCUUCAGUGGGAGAGAGCUCAGACGCUCUGUCAGGAACGGUGUCCGUCCGCCCGCUCAACAGCCCCUACGGCGUAGCACCAACAGAACUCCUGCAAAGAACACUGUCAGGAUCAAACCGGAACCAGCCGAAUACUCUGUCUCAGGUCUUUCUCUUGCUUCAAACAAUCAACCUUCUCAGAGGAUGUGUCCCAGGAACACCGUUAAAGCGGUCAGGACGCUACGCUACAACAGUGGCCGUCUAGUAACAAAAGCAAAACCGAAGCAGGGCGCCGCAAGAGACGAGGCAAAGCCUGCGCGGGGCAGGCCCAGGAAAGUUUUAAGGGAGGAAAUGGACACUGUAAGACGAGUCAAGAGAGAUCAACCCGGUUGCGGGUUCCAGUUCUCGGAGCGCUCUUCUCAUCCAGCCAUCUACAACCACCCUCUGUACAAAGUCAUCAAAGAAGAACCUGCAGAACCCGUGGCGGUCGGCAACCCCAUCUUCAUAGAUCCUCCCUCUCCGGACCUGGGCAAGCGCCAGAGCAAACCCCCCAUCAAACUACUGGACUCUGGAUUUUUAUUCAGCUUCUGCCGGCCAUCGGGGGCGCCCAUGGGUAUCAAAAAAGAGGAAGAGAGCGUGGAUAUCUGUUUGACGCGCUCUGUUUCGCAAGUCAGUGGCAAAUUUGGAACGCUUCAGGCAAACCACAGGGCACUGAGAGCCAGAGGGACGUUGGCCGCCUUGCCAGUUGUGAAGAGGGAAAGGGUGGAGAAGAGCGUGUCCCACAGACCCAAGAACAACCUGGCUCGCAACCGCGUUCCUAUCGCCAGAUCCAGAAGGGCAACGGCUACACAAAUCAUACCAAAGCAAGAGCCAAGCGCCAUCCCCGUGAGCAGCAGGAGCCACGCGGUGCUGGACUCAGUUCGCCGGGCCAGGCUAAAGCAACUGCGAGGCCCGUGCAGCCAGGCCCCCAAAGCCCCGAGAGGGGCCCACUCCUGCGCCAAAUGCGCCGUAUCCUACCGGGACUGCGAUGCGCUCAUCAUGCACCGCCUGCGCCACAUCGAGGGCAAGCACUGGCCGUGUCUGCUUUGCAGCAAGACGUUCUUUCGACUGAGGAAUGUACGAAAUCAUAUCCGCACCCAUGACCCCAAGUUGUACAAAUGCAGGAGCUGCAUUGCCGCUGGCUCUUGAGAUAAACCAAGGCACCUGCUGAACUGAGGUUAAGGGUCCAGCAAUAUCCAGCCACAGGAACGUCACAAGAGCAACCGGAAGCUUGUACAUAAAUGGAGCCUUCACACACAAGCACAAUGGGGUCUGUAAUGACGAGUGACUGCUCUUUUUCCUAUUUCCAAUACCAAACCAAGGACGCCUGUGUCCGUUUCUGCCCCCAAAACCGGCAAAACUUGAACAUUACACUCAGGGGACGGGGGAACAUGUCCCAUAUGCUCAUUGUUGUGUAAAAAAAAAAAAAAAAACAUGAAAAA